AUGACAAACCUCCAAGUAAUCCUCUCGCCCGUCCCUCCCUCCGCCACUCCCCCAAUCAAUCUCCCCAUUAACAUCGCCAUCCACAAUCCAGCAACCACCCCAGUGACCUUCCUCAACUGGGGCACCCCAUUCGACCCCAAAGCCAGCCUCCUGGGCGUCUUCCAAAUCAACGACACCACCACUGAUCAUCCCAUCACCAUCGACACCAUCAAGUUCAACCGCCAGCUGCCUCCCUCGCGGGACGACCUGGUUGAAAUUCCCGCCGAGAGCUCCAUGGAGCGCACAGUCACCAUCCCGCAUGUGCCACUGGAAGAAGGACACGAGUACGCUGUGCAGGCAAAGGGCAUCUGGCAUGGGAUCUGGGAGUGUGCGCGGGACCAAGUGACGGAUUCGCAGCUGCAGCAGCUCGAUCAGAGGGGGGAGUUUGAGUCUGAGCGGGCUGUAUUCAAGGUUACUCAGACAAUGGGUGCUUAUAUUGAUAUCCCCACUGAUGCAGCCCGCGUAUUCUCCGUCCUCUCAGCAGGCGGGAUAGGCAUCGUCCCCUCGAGCGUCGGCUACGGGAUUGUAGCCACGGAGGCUACCGCACUGCAGCGUAUCUACACUGUCAAACGACGCCAGCCGCAUAAGCGCCACGCUAUCAUAGGCAGCUAUGUCCUGCACCGCGGGAUACAUAUUCUCCCGCCCGACAAAAUGGAUCUCGUGCGCUUGCUCACGGUUGACCUAAACCUCCCGCUUGGUGUGAUCGCUCCGUACAGACCAGAGCACCCGUUGAUUGCAAGACUAGACGAAGAAACACUAGCGGCGAGUUCGAUGGACGACACAAUGGCCAUGCUGGUUAAUGGUGGGCCGUUCCAGGAGGAGUUGGUGAGGGUGGCUGCUGCCAGCGGAAUGGCGGUGCUGGGAUCCAGUGCGAAUCUCACCGGGCAAGGGACGAAAACGGUAGUGGAGGAGAUUGAGGAGGAGAUUCGAGAGGCGGCGGAUAUUGUGGUUGAUUAUGGACGGGUGAGGGAUGGCUGGCCGCGGGCGAGUUCGACCAUGGUGGAUUUUGAGAGUAUGCGGGUGGUGCGCGUUGGAGCUUGUUACGAGGUUAUUCGUGAUGUGGUUGCCAGGUUUGCUGGUGUGCAAUGGCCGGAGAGUCCAGUGAUUUCUGGGAGAUGA